AGAAGGUUUAGAUUUUAGAAAGAAAAGUAAAAACAUUGAUGGAGGGGCAUAAAACCCGACAAGGUAGGGGCCCAAGUCAUCACUACAAACACCAGCACGACCACCACCAUUCCCAUCAUCCUUCCCAACCCAACCUUCAAUUUUCUCCUUCUUUUCUAGUAGUGUUUAUUAUUAUUAAUGUUUUAAAAUUUCCUUUCUUUCCCAGUUUCCUAUGCCCACCGAACUUUCGCUUAACACCUUCUCAAAAUCUUCGUCUUUGUUCCCUUUCUUUCUUUGCUUUUUACCCAUUUCUCUCUGCCUGCAAAGUUAUAAACUUCACUUGUAAUAAACAUCUUCUCUUCUAUUCUAGUUAUAAAGUUUGAAACUUUGGUUGAAUCAAGGAGGUCUUAAUUUUCAAUGCCAGGAGUUGUUGUUAUUGUUGGUGGUGGUAGUUCUGAAAGUGGUUCAAUGUCUACAGUGUCAAGGGAGGAUAACAUGGUGAUGUCCUCAGAGGAUUCUUCGUGUCCAGAUGAGUCUGAGUUGGAGUUGGGUCUUGGCUUGAGCCUUGGUGGUGGUUGUGGUGGUUUUAAGUCGCAUCAAGUUUCAAGGGGUGGUCAAUAUAUUAGGAUUUUGACUGCUAAGAAUUUCCCUUCUGUGGUUUCUGCUGCAGCUUCUUCAUAUCCUCCUCCAUCAUCUUCAUCAUCAUCUUCUUCAUCUUCUUUAAGUAGAGCUAAUGUCACAGCUGGGACCAAGAGGACUGCUGAUUCUGUGGCUGCUGCUAAUGGCUCUAGUCAAGUGGUGGGGUGGCCUCCUAUAGGAACUCAUAGAAUGAAUAGUAUGGUAAACCAACCAAAAGCACUGGCCACUGAAGGAUUUAACUCAACAAUGGAGAACCAUAAAAAUGAGACCUCUAUGAUUGAGAGGAGUGCCAUUGGCAGCUACAUGAAUGGUGGUAAUGCUAAGAUCAGAAAAUCUCUGUAUGUGAAGGUGAAGAUGGAUGGAAUUCUAAUUGGAAGGAAGGUUGAUCUAAAUGCCCAUGAAUCCUAUGAAAAGUUGGCAAAAACUUUAGAAGAUAUGUUUCUCAGAAACACCCCAAAUGUCAAUCCAGUAGGAUCAAGGGUGCUGGAGCAUGGUAUGAUGAACGAACCAAUAAGACCUUCAAAACUGCUGGAUGGAUCAUCUGAUUUUGUGCUUACUUAUGAGGACAAGGAGGGUGACUGGAUGCUUGUUGGAGAUGUUCCUUGGGAGAUGUUCCUUAGUUCAGUGAAGAGGCUUAGAAUCAUGAGGACAACUGAGGCUACUGGAUUGGCUCCAAGAUUACAAGAAAGGAACCAGUGACAAAGAAGCAAGUCCAUCUAGAAUAUUAUUCUCUCACCUGCCAUAAGAUGAAUAGGGCAGCUAGUAACACACAAAGCAAAAAGAAAUACAGAAUAGUUAAAGCAUUUUGACUCAGUAAAGUUUGAACCUCUGUGGCUCUCCGUUUGUUUCCAGUUGCUGUAUUAUUUUGUUUACAUGUUUUCUUCAAUCUCAAUUACAGUCUUGAGGAAUGGUCACCAUAAUUUUUGAAAGGCACAAAUAUCUUAGUUGUAAUAUAUACAAAAGUAUCCACUAACUGUUAUUUUUUU